AGGUUACGUUACGCCCCAUCUUUAAGCCAGAGUCUGCGCGCCGUUAGCUGGAGAAGAACGAAAAAGGAUAUGUCCCGUGUCCGCAAGAUAUAAGGGUCAACGAUUAUGCUGUGACUAAGGGAAUCGGAACACUCCGCAAUUAACUGGCACAUUGCAUUUUCCUGAAGGAUACAAGAUGAUUGAGUCAAUGGAUACCCAGCGUGCCUUGCAGGCGGUGGAGCGUCUCCAGGCGAAGCUGAGGGAGCGUGGGGAGGUGCCCACCGAGGAGAAACUCAGCCUGCUCAAGUCUGUUCUCCAGAGCCCGCUGUUCCACCAGAUCCUGGCCCUGCAGAAGUCUGUCCAGCACCUCAAGGACCAGGGAGGUCUCCCAUCCUCUCUUGGAAAUGAUCUGAGCGAGCCCUACACUAUCAAACCCAAUGGCGGCCAUCUUGCUUACCCAGAAGUCUCCACUGUCCUGCAGAUCAAUGGAAAACCUUCCCCUGAAGAGUUUGAGCACAUCAUUCGCUCCAUGGCUCAGGGCCGCUACGUGACCCACAUGGAGCUGUUGAAGCCGGUGUCAGGGGGGCUGGGCUUCAGUGUGGUGGGCCUGAGGAGUGAGAACCGGGGAGAGCUGGGGAUCUUUGUCCAGGAGAUCCAGCCUGGCAGCGUGGCUCACUGCGACGGCAAACUGAAGGAGGCAGACCAGAUCCUGGCCAUCAAUGGCCAGCCCCUAGACCUGACGGUGACCCACCAGCAGGCUAUAGGCAUCCUGCAGCGGGCCUCGGCCAGCGUCCAGCUGACCGUGGCCAGGGGCCCCAUCCCCCAGCUGGCCAGCCCCGUGGUGUCCAGGACCCCCUCAGCCGCCAGCACCCUGUCGGCUCACUCCAGUGCCGCCCUCUGGCAACACGUGGAGACCAUCCAACUGGUCAACGACGGCACAGGCCUGGGGUUCGGCAUCGUGGGAGGAAAGACUACCGGGGUCAUCGUCAAAACCAUCCUGCCCGGAGGAAUCGCUGACCAGGACGGCCGCCUGCGCAGCGGGGACCACAUCCUGAAGAUCGGGGACACGGAGCUGCUGGGGAUGGGCAGCGAGCAGGUGGCCCAGGUCCUGCGGCUGUGUGGCAACCGGGUGAAGCUGGUCAUCACCAGGGGGCCCUCCGACGACUCGGCGGCGCCCGUGGCGCUGCCCACGCUCGCCGAGCAACAGGGCUAUGAGGAAGAGGAGGACGAUGCUUUUGAUGUGGAGCUGACCAAGAACGCCCAGGGCUUGGGGAUUACCAUCGCCGGCUAUGUGGGGGAUAAGAACUCUGAGCCGUCUGGUAUCUUUGUGAAGAGCAUAACUAAAGACAGUGCCGUAGAGCAGGAUGGAAGGAUUCAUGUUGGAGACCAGAUCAUAGCUGUGGACGGGAUGAACAUCCAGGGCUUCACCAACCAGCAGGCCGUGGAGGUGCUGCGUCACACGGGCCAGACCGUGCUCCUGAAGCUGGUGAGGCGGGGCUUCCGGCCGGAAGAGAUACCCCCCGCCGUGGCCCCCAGUGCCCUGGUCCUACCCCCCACCAUGGCCCCCAGUGCCCUGGUCCUCCCCCCCGCCAUGGCCCCCAGCACCCUGGUCCUGCCCGCCCCCGCCCACGAGGCCAGGGACCUCACUCUGGAGAGGGUGAACGCGGAGAUCACUCAAGAGGAGAAGCAGUUCCAGGCGAGCAGUGGAGGAUCUCAUGCCGUCCUGCCCAAGGAUCAGCUGAUGGAAGACAGAGACGGAGUCAAGCUCACAGCGGAGGAAGAGGAUGAACUAAUGAACAAAUGGCAGAAAGUUCUGGGCCCCAGCAAUGAAGUAGUUGUGGCUCAGGUGGAGAAGUUCAGUGAGAGCAGCGGGCUGGGCGUGAGCCUGGAGGCCAGCGCUGGACACCACUACAUCCGCUCCGUGCUGCCCGAGGGCCCCGUAGGCCGCUGUGGGAAGCUCUUCAGCGGGGACGAACUGCUCGAGGUCAACGGGAUCUCUCUGAUUGGCGAGACCCACAAGGAAGUGAUCAGCAUUCUGAAGGAGCUUCCUGUUCGUGUGUACAUGGCCUGCUGCAGGCCCGCCCCUCUCUUGCAGAUUGACACGGACUCUGCCCAAUCGGGACUGGAGGCCCUGCCCACGGAACCUAGCAUAAAGAUGCAAGGAGACCCCGUCAUCUUUCUGGUUCCCGGAGAUUCCGAGGGGUUGGAGGCGGCAGCGGUGGCGGAGGCAGGGGACAGACAUGUGACGAAGGAGGAGCCGCUGGGAUCUCCUUUGGCCAUGUGGGAGACGGAGAUUCAGGACAUUGAGCUGGAGAAGGGCGAGGACGGACUGGGAUUCAGCAUCCUGGACUACCAGGACCCGACGGAUCCGGCUAAGACGGUGAUCGUGAUUCGCUCGUUGGUGCCAGUGGGGGUGGCGGAGAUUGACGGCAGGCUGUUGCCGGGAGACCGGCUCAUGUUCGUCAACAGCACCAACCUGGAGAACGCAAGUCUGGAAGACGCCGUCCAGGCACUGAAAGGGGCCGACAUCGGCAAGGUCCGAAUCGGAGUGGCCAAGCCGUUGCCAAUUGACUCCAGCGAUGUGGACUUGUCCGAAGAGAGAGUGUUUGAGCAUCGCUUCUCGGGAGAGGAAGACGACACAUACCAGGCGUCCAUGAUAGCCCUCCAUGGAAGCACCUGCAGCUCUGACCCAGACUACCAGAUCACCCUGCACUCCUCCACACCCAAGCGAACGACUCGUCUGGGUUUGUCGGACGAGCGUCCUUCCUUCGCGACCGUGUCCGAGGUCGGCGACGACACCGAGCCCUUUUCCCUCGAGGAGAAACCCAUCACCUUUCCUUCGCCGCCCAGCUGCACGGGAAGUCACGCCGGCGCCGCGCCGCUCGCCCAAUCAGAUCUCUGCCCGGGGAUUCUUUCAGGCCGAAUGGCAUCCGACGAUUUGUCAAUCUCGUACAGUCCAGAUUCCAGGCCCAGUUCUAAUCUUAUACCGGAGCCAACGGCGUCUCUCCAUUUUCUGAUGGAGACCACCAUUUCUAUCGGGGAGAUCGGAGAGAUAUGCGUUUUAAUGAAGGGAGAAGGGCCUUGUGCUGAAGAGUCUACGGAGGAUGCUGACAAGGAAGAGCCAACCUCUGGGAGCAAUUUUGAAAGGACUAUCACUGUUGUCAAGGGCAACUCCAGUCUUGGGAUGACGGUAAGUGCCUUGAAGGACGGUAUGGGGAUGCUCAUCCGAAGCAUCAUCCACGGGGGCUCCAUUAGCCGCGAUGGGCGCCUGGGGGUGGGAGACCUCAUCCUGGCCAUCAACGGGGAGCCCACCGCUCACAUGACCAAUGCCCAGGCUCGCGCCAUGCUGCGGAGACACUCCCUCAUCGGGCCAGACCUGGGAUCGACCUGUGCACCCGAGGACGAUCUGUGCCCGUUUUAUGUCAUUACCUACGUUCCUGCUGAGUAUCUGGAGGAGUACAAAGUGAGCCUGGAGCAGCCUAAAGAGGAUGUGUUUUUGGACCCUCCCCGGGCCUCAAGGAGAGCUGCCUCUGAGCUCCCGGAGAGAGAGGAUGGAGAGGGAGAGGAGAGUGAGCUCCAGAGCUCCUACACCAACUGGAACCAGCCCAGGAAAGUGAAGCUCCUGCGAGAGGUGGGCAAGUCUCUGGGCAUCAGCAUCGUGGGCGGCCGGGGAAUGGGCAGCCGCCUGAGCAACGGAGAGGUGAUGAGGGGCAUCUUCAUCAAGCACAUCCUGGAGGACAGCCCCGCCGGGCAGAACGGAACCCUGAAGACCGGCGACCGGAUCUUGGAGGUGGACGGGGUGGACCUGAGGGACGCCAGCCACGAGCAGGCGGUGGAGGCCAUCCGCAGGGCGGCCAACCCCGUGGUGUUCCUGGUCCAGAGCAUCAUCCACCGGGCCAGAUCAUCAGCAACGAGCACCAAUGAGGAGAGAGCUGCCGCAGUGGCCAAAGCCAAUAGCGAAAAGGAGGUUGACAGUCACAGUAGACUUUUCCUCCGUCUCUCCCCAACUAAUCCCUUCACCCCUACUCCGUUUAAGAUCCCCAACAGAGAGCAUGGGAAGGUGUCCCCCCCCACCCCGGUCCUCUCCCUCCCUGUGGUUCCCCACGUGGGAGAGACGGACACCGAUACGCUCACAGAGAUCCCAGACCGAGUCCCCCAGGAGGGGGAAGAGGAGGAGGACGAGUUUGGCUACAGCCGGAGGAAGAUCCACCAGCGCUACGGAGGUCUCCCAGGCUCCCUCCAGGUGAUGGAGCUGGAGAAGGGCAGGGCCGGCCUGGGGCUCAGCCUGGCGGGCAACCGCGACCGGGCCCGCAUGAGCGUGUUCGUGGUGGGGAUCGACCCGGGCGGGGCCGCGGGGACGGACGGGCGCAUGGCGGUCGGGGACGAGCUGCUGGAGAUCAACGGGCAGAUCCUGUACGGGCGGAGCCACCAAAACGCCUCCUCCAUCAUUAAAAGCGCUCCGUCGAAGGUCAAAAUCAUCUUCAUCAGGAACACGGAUGCUCUGGAGCAGAUGGCCGUGGGACCCAUGAGGGAGUACGGAGACACGCAGGAGCCCCACGCCGAGCUGGAAACAUGUGCUUCCAAUCCCCCCGCCGCACUCGACCCGGACGCGUUCACAAACGUUCGGCACGUCGUUCUGUCCGAGGUGGAGGGUGAACUUGGCAUCACCUUCAGUGUGGAAGAUUCGAGCAGAGGACUGGUGAUUCAGAGCAUCUCUCAAAGUGGACCCGUCGGGAAGGAUGGCAGCUUAAAGGCAGGGGAUAAGCUCCUUGCGGUGGACGAUGAACCUAUACUGGGCUACUCCACAGACAUGGUCCACUACCUGUUGAGGAAGAGCCAAGGCCGGGUGAAGCUAACAGUCUGCGAGGACGACUUGUCGCUCCCCCUCCCUCCCUCGCUCUCAGACACAGCCGCCGCCGGUCUACCCAUCAUGCCUAGCAUCGCCAUGGUCACAGCGGCGGAGCAGCCUGAGGACGAGCCAAUCGGCAGCUCCAGCCGCCCCUCCAGCCCGGACACACUGGACUCAGACCCGGUCACCUGUCCCAUCAUUCCCGGCUGCGAGACCACCAUCGACAUCUCCAAGGGCCGCACUGGCCUGGGGCUCAGCAUCGUGGGAGGCUGUGACACUCUGCUGGGUGCCAUCAUCAUCCAUGAGGUGUACGAGGAGGGAGCCGCCUCCAAGGAUGGACGUCUGUGGGCUGGGGAUCAGAUCCUGGAGGUGAACGGCAUCGACCUCCGCGUGGCGACCCACGACGAGGCCAUCAACGUGCUCCGUCAGACGCCCCCGCGGGUGCGCCUGGCCGUGUACCGGGACGAGGCGCAGUACAGGGAGGAGGACAUGUGGGACUCCUUCUCCCUGGAGCUCCACAAGAAGCCCGGCCAGGGCCUGGGGCUCAGCAUCGUGGGGAGGAGGAAUGACACGGGGGUGUUUGUGUCGGACAUCGUGAAGGGGGGUGCGGUGGACAGGGACGGCAGGCUGAUGCAGGGAGACCAGAUCCUGGCGGUCAACGGCAAGGACGUCCGCUCCGCCAGCCAGGAGGCCGUGGCCGCGCUGCUCAAGUGCUGCGCGGGGCCCAUUAAGCUGGAUGUGGGCCGCUUCAAAGCUGGGCCCUUCCACUCUGAAAGGAGGAUGUCUCAGAGCAGUCAGAUGAGUGAAGGCAGCUGCAAGGCGAGCCAUGCCUCCCUGUCAGGUUCCGGAAGCCUCCAUGGAGAUCUGGAUAACCGCAGCAGGAGCCAGGACUCACUGGAUCGUCAGGACAUCAGGGCGGUGGAGUUUACCAAGGGCCCCACUGACUCUCUGGGCAUCAGUAUAGCGGGCGGCGUGGGCGACGUGCCCAUCUUCAUCGCCAUGAUGAACCCCACCGGCCUGGCCGCACAGACACAGAAACUCAAGAUAGGGGACAGGAUCGUGAGUAUCUGCGGGACUCCGGCUGAGGGCAUCAGCCAUACGCAGGCAGUGACCCUGCUGAAGAACGCCACAGGAACCAUCGAGCUGCAGGUGGUAGCAGGGGGGGAUACCUCCGUGACAGGACCUCCACAGGAGCAUGCAGCUGCUGGUCUCUCGGUCCCUGGCCUCACUCCAAGCACCAUCUUCCAGGAUGACUUAGGUCCCCCCCAGUACAAGAGCAUCACCCUGGAGCGAGGUCCAGAUGGUCUGGGGUUCAGCAUCGUGGGAGGGUUUGGAAGUCCUCACGGAGACCUGCCCAUAUAUGUGAAAACCGUGUUUGGAAAGGGGGCAGCAUCAGAGGACGGCCGUCUGAAGAGAGGAGAUCAAAUCAUGGCUGUCAACGGUCAGAGUCUGGAUGGGGUCACCCAUGAGGAGGCCGUGGGCAUUCUGAAGAGGACGAAAGGAUCCGUCACCCUCACUGUGCUCUCGUAGACACACACACACACACACAAGCCAUAGAACCAUUCCCCUAUUCUCACCUUUCACCUAUGCACACACACAUGAGAAAAUGCAGACUGUUAGCACGCACACAAAGACAUAUUCGCGCAAACACAUCGAAGGUAGACUGUUACCACACACACACAAACACAUUCACACAAACAUAUCAGAACGCAAAAAAUAAUAAUAAUGGAAUACAACGCACACACCGACAUAUCUUCCUAAUUAGCUUGUUUUUGUUCCUUUUUCUAGCGUCGAACACUGUGAUCCACAUUUGUGUCCAAGCUAACUUGCUGCAGGUAGACUGAGGUAUUCACUGGAUGCUGUGGCUGUGAUCUUUUCUACUGUAGUUUUCUAUGCUCGGGGUGUACAAGCUGUAUUAUUGCUACUAUAAAAGAAAGGGGUUCAACGGCCCCUUUUGCGCAACCCCAGAGAAUCUUGCUAGAUAAGAUCCGAUCUUUAAGCCUGACGCUACUGUAACUACUGUCACAUCACUUGGAUAGUGAAGCAACUGCUGUUUUAGCAAACACACAAAGAAGCCGAGACACAAUUGACGCUUGUAAAUGUAAUAGUGUUAGACUGUUGUUGUUGUUUGGAACGAUGCGAUUCGGUGAUGCAGAACACCUCGUCCGAAGGGAAAAACUUUGGAUAUCACCGAUAUCUUGGUCUGAGGAAUGUGAGAGCGAGACGCGUGUGAGUGUGUUUGUGAACUCGGGCUCACUGAGAGAUAAAAGGAGAACGUGUGCAUGAGAUGACCACUGACAUAUAGUGCUGCUGAGGCAGAUGACGUGAGGUAUUAUGUAACAGUAUUUGGAUUCGAAAAAAGUAUUACCUAUUUUUGUCUUGAUUUCCUGUCGUUGAAAUGUAUUCUAUCAUUUGAGGCGUAGAAAGCCCACCAGCUGUCUCUCACAGGACAGGGAAUUCUUCCCGACCACGGUAAAAAGCCAUUAACUUCGGUUUAGAGGAUUUCCUCAUCUGGUCACUGGUUCAGGAAGAACACCUAACCCUCCACUGUGUAAUGUGUUAAAGGCAGAUACUCUCUAGUUGCACAAAAAUGGAAAGACACCAUGCUUAGUAUUGUACUGGACCUAGUGCGUUUGACACGGUAUUGAGGUGCUCACUGUCUGAAUUAUUAAAAGUGACCUUCAAACUCAAAGCUAUUGACUUGGUCUUUGUGCAACGAGAGUUAUAUAUUCCUUUUCACUGGGUGUAUUGGUUGUGAUAGAUUCAGCAUUCACAACAACAUGAAAGGUCUGGUCUGGAUAAAUAAAAACGUUGCUCUAAUGCCACAGAAGAACACACAAAGAGCUUAUCUAUUCUAUAUUAUUAUUAUUCACCCCAACACUGAACUAUCUACACAUUAUGGAUGUGUAGUUUACCCCAAAGACAUCUAUUGAUUCUAUUUCUUCUCCACAACCAUCUGAUUGGUUGCUUGUGAUGGAUAGGAAACAGAUUCGAGAAUGCCCAGGGCAUCACAACACUCUUCACAUCUCUACCACACAUCCUCUUGAUAGAUGAUUUAUGAGGUAACAUGGAUUAACAAUAGAGUAUGAAUCAGAUGUAUUUUGCUGCAGGCCAGAUUUAGAUGAAAGGCGUAGCGUGUGAACAGCAGUUUAAAUAAUGGGUUUGAGAGAUACAAAAUGUACAUGCUGUUGUGUUCUAAUGUUGAAGACAGCUGUGGGGUAUAGUCUCGUUGGACUGCAGUCACGGAAAGGUCUUCUUUGAACUGCAGGGUCACG